ACAACUUUAAAUUUUGGGCACAAAUAUAACAUGGUGUCCUUGUAUGACCGUGAAAACGAUUUCGAAGCUAAUAUGAAAAUAACAAGUCCGCUUAGUUCGCCUACUCCAACAGUUUUUACCACAAUCCGAGUUCUUGCUCGCCUGCUAUGGCUUGGUGUGAUAUCCGUUCCUAUCAUAGUUCUUUUUCCUUUUGCUUAUAUACAUGCCCGAUUGUUGGUGAAUGAAAAAGAUUAUACUCUCGGACCAAAGCUAGCGCAAUGGUGGUGGGAUAUUUUCUUGAGAGCGGUAGAGUCGAGCGGUCCUACUUUUAUUAAGUUUGGACAGUGGGCAAGUUAGAGAAGCCUCAUCCAUAUAAUUACACCUCUGAGGCUAUUAUGAAAGCCUUUAAUUUGGAAAGUGUCAGUGAUGUUUUCGAGGUAGUAGAGCCAAAUCCUCUCGGAUCCGGUUGCAUCGCGCAGGUUCACAAGGCUAAACUAAAAAAUCAAAGCGAUCUAUGGGUUGCUGUAAAAGUACUUCAUCCUCAUGUUUCCGAUUUUAUUGAAAGUGAUUUACUUCUGAUGCAUUCUAUAGCUAAAAUAAUCUCAUACGUUCCUGGAUUUGAAUGGCUUGGCCCCGUUGAUGUAGUUAAACAGUUUUCUCAAUCUAUGCGUGGACAGCUUGAUCUGACUGAGGAAGCUCGUAAUCUCGAAGUUUUUUUGAAUAACUUUGCUUCAGAGCCAUAUAUAAAUUUUCCAUCUCCCAUUGGUGGGCUAAUUUCUCAGAGCGUUCUUGUGGAGUCUCUAGAAGAGGGCACUCCUAUUUCAAAUUAUUUUAGUGAAAGCAAAAAAUCUGUAGAUGAAAAAGUUUCCAGGAAGCUCGCCAUUCUCGGCAUUACCUCUUUUUUAAGAAUGAUUGUUUUCCACAACUUUGUGCACGGCGAUUUGCAUCCUGGCAACAUCUUGGUUAGUGGCAGUAAAAAGGCUAAUUCGAACAUCACCUACUUGGACGCUGGAAUAUCGCUAAAACUUUCCCGCGUUGAUCAAAGAAAUUUUCUUGACCUCCUUUACGGCAUUGUUAUGAACGACGGUGAGUAUGUGGGACGAAUCAUGGUAGAGCGCGCCAGUUCGCAUAACUGUCCCGAUGUCGAUGCGUUUGCUAAAGAAAUAGGCAAACUGGUGGCAAAAGUCCACGAGAGCGAAUUAAUAUUAUCACAACUCCGUUUAGGAGAUGUCCUUUCUGAUGUUUUUAAGCAGCUCAGGCGUUACCAGGUGAAGAUCGAAACUAAUUUUGCAAACUUAGUUGUAGCGAUUGCGGUAAUGGAGGGUGUGGGCAGAUCACUGGAUCCUAAUUUAAAUAUAUUAUGCUCAUGUGCUCCUCUUCUGGCGGAGGCAAAGCUAAGAGGGAAGAUCGUUAUAGAAUUUUUACGAAAAAAUUUAAAACCAGAAAUAAUUUUGAACGACAGCGCAGAUUCUAAGUUGUCGGGCAUCCACGUAUAUUAUGUGGCGGUGAAGCCCAAGGCAGCAACCCAUACCGCUGAGCUGCUGACCACAAUCUUUAAAAGUAAAGCCAUCGUCCUCUACGAAAGGAUAGCUGGCCACGCUAAUCCCCUUUUAGCGGAAGAACUCACGAGUUGGGGGCCUGCGCACAAUAACGGCGUCACGCGACUUACUGUCAGCAUGGUUGAAAGCUACGUUUGGGAGGUCUAA